GGUUUCUGGGGAGUCUCUUGGUUUCUGGGGUGUCUCUUGGUUUUCGGGGUGUCUCAUGGUUUCUCGGGUGUCAAUGACCCUGUGACUAAUUCUUAUUGGCCCUGACACUUCCUGACUGUCACCUUCUCUGUCUCCUUCGCUGUCACUAAGGACAAAGUCUCUGCCCCUCCCCCUCCCGACCUUUCCUCUAUUUCUCACUUUCUUUUUCUCUUAAAGAUUCACUGAAUGUUCAGAAAAACAAGGAGACCCCGACCCUGCACUACAAAGACCGCGCCUCGUGUGCUCCGGGCCCCUGCGCCAGUUCUUGGAGUCUCACUGCCCAGUAGUGAUGGAGAAGUUCUGCCCAACCUUCUGGUGUUCUGGCGGGCGACUUCAGACUAUUGUGAGGGUCAUUCUGGCCUCCAAACCUCAUGUCUCAUACAGGAAUGAGGUCCUCAGGACUGAAGAUGGUGGUCAGAUAUCUCUGGACUGGAUGGACAAUGAUGAGAGUCCGCACUUCCCUGAUCCGGCCUCUCGUCCCACCAUCAUCCUCCUGCCCGGUCUGACAGGAAACAGUCAUCAGUCCUAUAUCCUGCACCUGGUGAGACGGGCCACGAGUGAUGGCUACAGGUGCGUUGUGUUCAAUAACCGUGGGUUUGGUGGAGAGAAGUUAUUGACUCCGCGCACAUUCUGUGCAGCCAACACAGACGACCUGGCCAGAGGCAUCGACCAUGUCCACAGCUGCCUCCCAGCUGCCCCUCUGGUGGCUGUGGGGGUAUCACUUGGGGGGAUGAUGCUGUUGAAUUAUAUGGCCACCACUGGUCACAGAUCUCGGCUUUGUGCCGCGCUUGUCUUCUCUGCCCCAUGGAACGUCUUUGUGUCCACAGCCUCUCUGGAGCAGCCACUAAACUAUCUGUUAUUCAAUCACUCGCUGGCCACCACACUGCGAACCACGGUGAACAAAUUCCGGGACGUUAUUGGUAGAGAUCUAGAUGUGGACGCCAUCUUACAGUCUCGCUCCAUCCGGGAGUUUGAUGAACGUUACACGUCCAUCGUGUUUGGUUACGGCUCAUGUGAUGACUAUUACCGCGCCGCCAGCCCUCACGACAAACUGCGGACGAUCACUACCCCCGUCCUGUGCCUCAAUGCUGCAGAUGACCCGUUCUCUCCAGGAGAAGCGCUCCCCCUGGAUGACGCCUCCUCCCAUCCUUCGGUGGCUCUUCUGGUUCCUGCUCAUGGUGGACACAUCGGCUUUCUAGAAGGUCUCUUUCCGAGUGAUAACCGAUACAUGAAUCGCGUAUUUUCACAGUUUUUGGGCGCCGCGUUCCAACAAUGUGAUGAGCUCCGGAACAUUACCAAGAACGGACUCAAUAACCUAUUAAACUGAUUGCAGUCGAUAAGGCCGACUGAGGGUCCUGGGGCCAUACUCACUUCAGUGCCUCCUGUAUGGUCAAUCAUACAGCUCUAGGACAUUAGGACAACCAGGCUGCUAUUAUUAAAUCUAUGAGGUGCUCGGCUGACAGAAGUGGCCACGAAUGACAUCGACACUGUGUCCAGUCUGUAUUUACUAGAACCAGAUCCACAGACCGGAAGGAAGACGAUUACCUUAUAUCUCAGUACGAAUCAGGACCCUCAUCUACUGAACCCACAUCAGGUCUCCAGCACUACCUCAAUCUCACGGUACAGCAGAGUGCGAUCAGCGUGACCCUCCGGUGCUACAACCUUCAUGAUCAUCCAUGGUCCUGACUCUAUACACCGCCACCACAAUGGAGGUGAAAUAAACCGAUCCUUGAGAUAUCAGGUCAAGCAGGAAAAUAUUGUAUUAAAGGGAAUGUCCGACGCCUAUUUCUUAUUGGAGUAAACCAUCAUUGGUGACCCCUCCCUAUGUCCGAUGCCUAUUUCUUAUUGGAGUUAACUAUCAUUGGUGACCCCUCCCUAUGUCGGACGCCUAUUUCUUACUGGAGUAAACC